CCCUCUGCCAACACAUCAUUGGCGCAAGAAACUAAUUUAUGGGCAAUUGCUUAUCUUGUUGCAGCAGAAAGGGCACAGACGAACCAUACGAACCGUUGCUUGCGGAUCGAGAACGGGAAGCUGUGGCCGACCUUUUGAGCUUUCUCGAAAACAGAAAUGAAGUAGAUUUUUAUAGUGCAGAACCGCUUAGAGCGCUUACAAUUUUGGCUUAUUCAGACAACAUUGAUCUCCAGCGUUCAGCUGCUCUAGCGUUUGCUGAAAUAACCGAGAAAGAUGUUCGAGAGAUCGAUCGUGAUACAAUUGAGCCUGUUCUAUUUCUUCUGCAAAGUCCAGAUGCAGAGAUUCAAAGAGCUGCUAGCGUUGCUCUUGGAAAUUUAGCUGUAAACCCGGAAAACAAAGCAUUGGUAGUUAGGUUGAACGGAUUGGAAUUGUUAAUUCGCCAAAUGAUGUCGCCUCAUGUUGAAGUACAGUGUAAUGCUGUUGGAUGCAUCACAAAUCUGGCUACUCUGGAUGAAAACAAAUCAAAAAUUGCACACUCGGGUGCUCUGGGACCACUAACGCGUUUGGCGAAAAGCAAGGAUAUCCGCGUUCAGCGUAAUGCAACCGGAGCAUUACUAAACAUGACUCAUUCAAAGGAAAACAGACAGCAGCUUGUCAACGCGGGCACAAUCCCUGUGCUUGUCUCUCUCCUACCGAGUACAGACACGGAUGUUCAGUAUUAUUGCACAACUGCCAUCAGUAAUAUUGCAGUUGACGCAGAACAUCGCAAAAGACUUGCUCAAAGUGAACCAAAAUUGGUACAACUGCUUAUUCAGUUGAUGGAGUCCGCUACGCCCAAAGUUCAAUGUCAAGCGGCGCUAGCUCUUCGAAAUCUUGCAUCGGAUGAGCGCUACCAAAUUGAGAUUGUACAAAGCAAUGGACUUCCUUCUCUUUUACGCUUGCUCAAGUCCUCCUACCUUCCACUAAUCCUUGCCUCAGUCGCCUGCAUUCGAAACAUAUCCAUUCACCCGCUUAAUGAAUCUCCUAUUAUUGACGCUGGUUUCCUUCGACCUCUUGUUGAUCUUUUAUCGUGUACGGAAAACGAAGAAAUUCAGUGUCAUACAAUCUCUACACUACGAAAUCUUGCUGCCAGUUCAGAACGAAAUAAACGAGCCAUCAUCGAGGCAAAUGCAGUUCAGAAACUAAAGGACUUGGUGCUUGAUGCACCGGUAAAUGUGCAGAGUGAGAUGACCGCCUGCUUGGCGGUGCUAGCUCUGAGUGAUGAGUUUAAACCUUAUCUUCUUAAUUCUGGCAUAUGCAAUGUCUUGAUUCCCCUUACCAAUUCGCCUUCUAUUGAGGUUCAAGGUAAUUCCGCCGCUGCUUUAGGUAACCUUUCUUCAAACGUAGCUGAUUACAGUCAGUUCAUCGAAUGCUGGGAAUCACCUGCUGGUGGCAUUCACAACUACCUUGCUCGGUUUCUUGCAAGUGAAGACACUACGUUUGCUCACAUUGCUGCCUGGACAAUCGUACAACUUCUGGACUCCAAAGUCCUGCGACUGAAAAACUUGCUACGUUCCAGCGAAGACAUCAUCCAACUGUUAAACGAAAUUGUGUCUCGGGACGUGAGCACAAUUGAGUACGAGGACGGCGAAGGCGAUGUAAUCCUUCUUGCUGGUCGCGCGCUUCACCUUAUCGACCAGAGCACUGAGUCCUAAAAACAGUGGACAAAAACCCCGUAUAUUUUUAUUAGUGGAUGCUUUUAAUUAUCUAGGGACGUAAUGACAUGAGCUGCAAAUAUAGAAAAAGGAAGGGAACGGAACGGGAUGUAGAUGGAGG